AUGGACUUUUUUGUUAAAUCUAUAAUUCUUGCUGGCUUUAUCGGUCAGGCUCUAGCGCACGGUGUCGUCACCUCUCCCAGUCCUCGUAAGAUUGGGAGCGCGGCGAAAAGCGCUUGCGGUACUGCUGUAUAUUCAGCUCUUGCUUCCGACAAAUAUGGUCCGAUCGAGAAUGCGGCCAAGAAGAUCGACGACACGUAUAACGCUGAAGCCUGUCAUCUGUUUUUCUGCAAGGGCUAUCAAUAUGAAGAUAACGCAGCAAACACGCGCGUUUAUACUGCGGGACAGGUCGUCAAUAUGCAGGUGGACCUAGCUGCCCAUCAUACAGGCCAUGCGAAUGUAUCUGUGGUCAACCUCAGCUCUCAAACAACAAUUGGAAAACCCCUGUACCUGUGGCCUGUAUACGCAAAUAGCAGUCUCGGGCCAUCAAAAUGGCCAACUAACGAAACGAACUUCAACGUCACCAUACCCGACCUCGGCGACGAAUGCACGACGGCGGGAGCCUGCGCGAUACAGUGGUGGUGGUAUGCGGACAGCAACGGGCAAACGUAUGAAAGUUGCGUCGACUUCACAACGGAGUGA